CCUCCUUCGCCCCUUUGGAAGCCAUUUUUCUGCCCUGGGAGCUAGCUGUGACGUAUUUGUUAAUGACGUAAUCCGUUUCGGCAGCAGCACAGCAACGCCCACAUUUAUAGGGGCGGUGUCGCCUGAUUUUCGGUGAUUCUGCCCGGCCCAAGGAGAUCGGUGGUAGAAAGCGGCAAAAUGAGUCUUGGAAAGGUGGCCAGGAAGCUGAAGAGGGUCGGUAAGACGGCCUACCAGUUUCGGAUCACCUCCACGUUCGAGUAUAUCGACCUUGGGUGCAACGGAACAUGGAGACCAGAGAACGUGAGGGUGAUUUGGAUCCGGAGCCACAGAAGAGUCCAGUCUAUAGACGUCAAAUGGCAGCCAUCUGAAGACAGGGGGCCAAAUGGAGCUCUAGGGAAGGCAACAUUUGACCCCUCAUUCUCCGUGGCUCUCCUUGUGACUGUAUAUGGAGAUACCAGCGGGAAAGAAGAACAUUUUGAAGAGAAAGAGUACAAGUACUACAUCGAGAGUGACGGACCUAAUGGGAAGAAGAUAGUGGCGUCUUUCAACAUGGACAUCUCCGAAUACGCCACUCUCAACGGCUCCAGACACACUCUGGACAUGUCCUUCAAGCCGGUCUCCAAGAAGAUCAACAAGGCGGUGCUGGGAAUAACUCUGCAGGCGGAAUUCAUGAAACGAGGCAAUGCCAUUGAUGAUGACAUGCAGAGUACAUUCAGUGCAGUGAGUACCGGUCAGGACAGUCUCCAGUUUGACGAGGAGGAGGAGGAGCUUGAAGCUGUGGCAGCUGUUACUUCUGACGGCACCUCUGGGAGAGGCCUCCCCCUGGCAACGGGGGACACCGAACUGGUGACGCUAGGCACGGCGAGCUUUUGAAACGAACGACGCUUCCGAAAGGCCCGCCAAAAAAACCAGAGCGUCGCGGGACGCCCGGUCACAGCCCUUCCGUGCAACGAAAGUUUGAAACGGACGAAAGAGAAGAAGAAGCGGAGACACAGUUUCAGGUUGAGGCCGAGCCGGAGACAGCGGAGACCGGGGAGACCGGACUAAUGUACAUGAAUCUUAACGCCGAGGGACAUGUUGGGAGUGUGGAGGGAGGGAUUGAAGAAGCACCGUGGGAGAGAAGCGAUGAGGAGGCGGAGAAGAAAGACGGGGAGCCACCGCGAGAAAAAGCAAAGGAUCGGCGGACGUCUCAUCGGGCCAAGAGGCAGCGGGAGAAGCAGGAGAAAGACCGAGAGAGGCAAGAGGAGAAGGAACGCAGACAGAAAGAGAGGGAGAGACGACUAAAAGAGAAAUCCCCGACACCCGAGAGGAGACUGAAGGAGAAAUCGAAAUCGCCGAUACCCGAGAGGAGACUGAAGGACAAGUCGAAAUCGCCGACUCCUGAAGCGCGUGAUAGUCCAGCCCUCCCUCCGAGAGAAAAGCGUCCACUCACUAAUGGAGAACACAAGAAGGAGGAAGAAAUGGUAAAAGAAGAGGAAAAAGACAAGAAAAGUGAAGAAGAUGACGAGAAUGCGGCAAAGGUGGCGGAAGUUGUCAUGACAACAAAACCCAAUGACGUCGCCACAUGUGGCCAGCCAAUUUCGGCAGUUUUUGACAUCAGAAGUGCAGGGGAGGGCAGCCUCAGCGCAGUCUGCAAGGGAACAAAGACAAAGACAGUUGAAACCAGCGUCCAGGAGGAAUCAAAUGGCCACUAUCGCAUUCAGUUCACCCCGACUGAGGCCGACAUGUUCAUGUUGAGUGUCCUAUGGAGCGGACACAAUGUCCCCGGGUCACCAUUUCUGAUUAACCUUAACCUGCUCCCACCAGCUGAAACUCCGCCUGGUGGUACACGUGAGUGAGGGAGAGGAGGGAGGAGAGAGGAGAGAGAUGGAGCAAAGUGACGGCGGUCAUGCGGAGAUUACCAAUCAACCCAGGGAGAACAGAGUGGACAAGGAAGGAGGGAAACGAGAAGACAAAAGGAGUCACAAGGAAGAAGUGAAAGUGGUUCCCGGGGAAAGUGUGAAGGGAAGGUUCUCGGGAGAUGAGAGAGAAGAGCCCGGGUGUGACGAGUCCCGUCAUUUUAGUCAGCGACGAAGAUCCGUUCGACAUGGCGUAUCAGGCUAGUAGAAUCCUCGAGCAGAGGGCUGCAGCUGGUGGUGCCUCUGGUGCAAAGAGCCAUUCACAGACUGCCACUCGCACCAACUCCGGACGGAAAAUCGUGGCGUCCAAGGAGGAAUGGACCCCGCCCACUAAUCACAUCUACGAGGACAUGCCCGAGGGGGACGAGGAAGAGGGAGUGGCAGAAGCCACGCCCACUGUCUCUCCCCUGGAGGCGUGGCUGGGCGAUGCCCAGUUUGUCAACUGUUUCGGAGAGGCGGUGUCCAGAGAAAAGUUGGAAGACGCUGAGAUAAUUGGACUCUAUUUCUCGGCCAACUGGUGUCCACCCUGUCGACGCUUUCUUCCAAAGCUUGUCAAGUUCUACCACAAUUUGAAGCAGAAUCAGAAACGUUUCGAGAUGCUCUACAUUUCCAGUGACUACUCGAAGCAGGAGAUGACCAGGUACAUGCAGGAGCAGCAGAUGCCGUGGAUGUCUCUCGCCUUUGACAGCACCGUCGCCGACAAACUCAGAGUCGACUACAAUGUGGCUGCAAUUCCCAUUCUGACCAUUGUCAGCAAGUCUGGGGUCAAGGUACGUUGGUUUGAUUCAUAGCCCGUGUACAUAUGUGUUGUAUAAAGCAACACCAAUAGCCAUAACACGAACUGUUGGUGAUGCAUAUUUCCUGUGCAAAACACCAUAACAUUGUAUAUAUAAUUAUAUAUACAGCUGUAUGUAUGUAUGUAAUGGGAGGAUGUGAGGGUAUAAAAGGACGUGUAGCAGCCUGAGCAAGUCAGUUAGUACACCUGGCAACUGCUGUGUAGUUAUAGUGUUUUUGUCCAUGGUGACAGUGAAGUAAACCGUAUCAAUAGCUUCAGUUUCUGCAGCUUGUGUUUGUUGAGCACUGGUAAGUGCAGUAAAGAGGCUAACUGAACUCUGAUAGGUUAUGAGGCUAGCUGUAGACUAUGUAGCCAACUGCAGAGAGAUGAGUACAUGUUAGUUCAGUUGUUCAAGUUUUAUUGGCUAGAUGUACACUUGGCAGAGGGUUUAGCUACGAAGUUGGAGGAGAGGGCCAGGAAGGCAGUAGAGCAAGCAACGUCCAUCUCAGCAGUCCUGAAGCUGUACAAUAAGUGGCAGGAGAAGAGCCAGCACUCAGAGGCGGGAGAGGGAGAGGAGGUGGUCGGGAAGAAGGGUGGACUGCUCAAGACUCUCAAGAGUACCAUUGCCAAGCCUUCCAAGGAGCAAACAGUCGAGUUGUCGAAGAGUCCAGGGGGUUUUGAUUCUCAAAAGUCGGCGGGAGACGCCAGUGACACUGAGGGUGGUGGAGCUAGGGUGACAGUGGAGCAAAGAUCGCGAUCUCGGUCCAAGCAGAAGGGGAAGGAGAGCAGUUCCGGGGGAGGACCCACGGUGGAAGAGAUGGAGGAGAAGGAGGAGAGACUGCGGCACCUGGAGGAGGUGAACAUGUCCCUCAAACAGACCAACGACGACCUGAACGAGGAGGUGGCCGAGUUGAAGAGACAGAUUGGAGACUUUCAGUCCAAGCUGACAAGUCUGGAGAAAUCCAGCAGGCAGUUGGAGGAUGAGAAGAGAGAACUGAUGGCCAACCUCAAUAUUCGUGGGUGGUUGCUAAAGAGAGGUUUGAGAGGCCCCACGGCCAGCCUGUGGCGGCGGAGGUACUUCCGCUGCGACCAGGGCAGCAAGAUCUACUACUACAAGUCUGCCUCCGAAGGCACUCCUCAGGGGUUCAUAGACCUAGAUCUUGUGGUUAGUGUUCAAGAGAUCAGCCCGGCCCAGCAGGACAAGAACCAUGCCACCUUCCUCGUCCAAUGCGAGGGGAGAACCUUCCAGCUACAGGCCCACGACGAGACCACCAUGAGGAAGUGGAUGUCUGCCAUUGAGUACCUCAAAAACUGGCGUCAGAGAAAUGCCCCAUCAGACAUAGGGCCCUAGACUACAUGCACAUUGCCAAACUCAAUUUUGUUUUAUGUCGAUGCUAUAUUUUUUUACCACAAUACACACACACUCAAUUGGUUUUUGUUGCGCAUGCGUAUUAGGGUUGAUUGAAAAAUUGAUUGCGCGCUUACCUACUAACUAAGCGCGCAGUGCAUGGCAGGGGACUUCGCAAAGAAACAGUUGCAAAAGUUUGGCUGGAAAGAAGGUGAGGGUCUGGGCAAGAACGGAGGUGGCAUAGUGGAACCGGUGAAAGUAAAGUUAAAGAGAGACACUAUUGGCGUUGGAUAUAGUCCAGUGACCGAGGAGACGGUUUUCUGGUGGGCCUCCAGCUACAACAGAGCUGCAGAUAGUCUCUCAGUCUGUAAUACACAGGACUCUGUCAGUAUCAGUUCAGCGCAGACUGUGGGCAGUCACAGCAUCGGCAGACGAUGCUACGAUGGCCGUGACUCACUGGUACAUGAUGGUUUCCUGCCGUCCAGAGUGACCCAGUGUGGAGGCAGGGAGGAGAGGGAUGGAGAUGAGGACGAGGCUGGAGACAGACACGUUGGGCUGUGUGCCACCGGCAAACUUGACGACCAGAAUAUGUGGAGGAUAUCGGAUGAAGAAUUGUUGAAAGCUUGUGGAGGGAGAACUGGCCACAAAGCUGCGAGGCAUGGACUGAGUCUCGCUGGGAAGUUACGACGGCUGGAAGCACAGGAAGAACUACACAGGGCAUCUCUUCAUGGCUGCAAGAAAAAGAAGCACAGGAGUAGAACUAAGAGAACUUGA